AUGUUCUCUGCCUGGAAGAUACCUAUGUUCAUGAUCUUUCAUGAGAACUCAGAGCCUACCUCGACCCCCUUCAGCGCGGAGAUGCUCAACAUCACCUCCCCCGUGCUCACAUCUGCUCUUAAUAUGACCCUUCCCCCGAGCGAAGAAUGCUCCUUCGUGGAAUGGUCCAACUUGCUUAACACCAUCCAGCCCCCGUUCCUCUGGGUCAUCUUCAUGCUGGCUGCGUUGGAGAACAUCUUUGUCCUCAGCGUCUUCUGUCUCCACAAGAGCAACUGCACGGUGGCAGAGAUCUACCUGGGCAACCUGGCCAUGGCAGACCUGAUCCUGGUCUGCGGACUGCCCUUCUGGGCCAUCACCAUGGCCAACAACUUCGACUGGCUCUUCGGGGAGGUGCUUUGCCGUGUGGUGAACACAGUGACCUCCAUGAAUUUGUAUAGCAGCAUCUGUUUCCUGAUGUUAGUGAGCAUUGACCGCUACCUAGCCCUGGUAAAAACCAUGUCCAUAGGUCGCACGCGUGGGGUGCGCUGUGCUAAACUCUACAGCCUGGUGAUCUGGGGGUGCACUCUGCUGCUCAGCUCCCCCAUGCUGGUGUUCCGGACCAUGAAGGACUAUAGCAGUGAGGGUUACAACGUCACGGCCUGCAUCAUCAUCUAUCCGUCCACGACCUGGGAGGUGCUCACCAACGUCCUCCUGAACUUUGUAGGCUUCCUCCUGCCCCUGACCAUCAUCACUUUCUGCACCGUGCGGAUCAUGCAGGUACUGCGCAACAAUGAGAUGCAGAAGUUCAAGGAGAUCCAGACGGAGAGGAAGGCCACAGUGCUGGUCCUGUCUGUGUUACUCCUGUUUGUCGUCUGCUGGCUGCCCUUCCAGAUCAGCACCUUCCUGGACACCCUCCACCGCCUGGGCAUGUUCACCAGUUGCCAGGAAGCGCAUAACAUCGACGUCUUCACGCAGAUCAGCACCUACAUCGGCUACAGCAACAGCUGCCUCAACCCGCUGGUGUACGUCAUCGUGGGCAAACGCUUCCGGAAGAAAUCAUGGGAGGUGUAUGGGAGACUAUGUGGGAAAGAGGGCUGCGGGCCGGAGCCCACCCACAUAGAGAACUCCCUGAGCACGCUGAGGACCUCCAUCUCCAUGGAACGCCAGAUUCACAAACUGCCUGAGUGGGUGGGGUGCAGCCAAGUGAACGAUGCCCCCAGGACUGCUGCUGCUAAUUUCUCUGAGGAUGACGGACAAUUGCUCACCAUUGGGUGCCCAUGGAAGACUGGGAGGUAUUCCCCGUGUGUGAACAAACCCUGGGCAACAAGUGAGCAUUCUUCACAAAUCCCAGCCAGGCUGCAGGAAACACAUGGCAGUAUUAUCAUUCUCAACAUCUGUACUAGCAGUGCAGGAGUAGGAUCAGGAGAUGAGCUUGUGCCUCAAGUGUACGCCCUGCCCCAGCAUGACAGCUCAUGUCUCCAGGAGACCUGUUCCCAGGGCUGA